AUGGUAUCGGGCCUCGUCACCCGCCAGACGUCCAACAAGGCCAUGUCCACGCUGCGCGACUACGCCGGCGUCAAGUCGCCCGACGACGAACGCGCCCCCGGCGCCUCGUCGCUCGCCCAAAGUUACACAAACGGCAAAGGCUGGAGGGGAAGCAUCUGGGGCAACGGCACCCUGAACUCCACCUUCAACUCUACCGCGCGGGAAACGCCACGGACUGACACCAGAGGCUACCGCCACUCCGUUUCCCAGGAAAUUGAGGGCAAGACGGGCUCCGGCUCCCUCGUAGCCUCGUCUGAAUCUGACCAUUGGAGUAACCAAAGAACGCCUUGGAACGUCACCGAGCCCGCUCAGCCCAUUUCUCAACGAAGAGCUUCCAGUGUGUCGCCUGUCAGCCAAGUACAACCUUCGCAAGCAUAUGUUGACACUGCCCAAGGCGCUUCCCAGCGCUAUUCUGUCUCCAGAGGCCCGAUAAUCGGACAAAGCCUUGCCAAAUCGGGGCCCAAUGCGAUCCUCGACCCCACAUCCGGAGCUUUCGUGACGCGGCAACGGCCAGACGACGGCUAUGGCGACAUCAAUCGGUUGAUGGAUUACCAACCGCACCAGCGAUCGACAGACUCGGCUAUGAGACCCUGGACCGACGCUCAACACCUUCACUCUCCCACCGAAGACCGCCGCAGCGUGGCGAAUUCCGAAUAUUUUUCCAGCUCCAGUGCAGCACCAUCCCGCAGUGGUAGCCUGCCUCCUUCACGACAUGGUUCAGAUCCAGUUCAGUACCCGCAACCCAAUGAGACGUUCGCCCGGUUCUCGCAACCGGUCCAGGCAGCAACAGGGGUCGGUAGUCGCGGGCACACGGCAUCGAUUUCGGCGCAGGGUGAUGGUCGCUUUCAAGAGCGUAGCGAUUCAUUCCAAGGUGAAGUUAUUUCACCGUUCGGCAGGAUGGCGCUCGACAAUAAGGGCUCAGAUCAAACCAUGAUGAUUCACAGAAACUCUCUUAGUUCUGCUGGCCAGUAUUCCCAAGUCUCUCACUCUGCCUAUCCUCGUCAAGUAUUAGGAGACAUACCGCAGAACAUUGCCAGUUCUGAGGACAUUGGGGCUAGCUCAUUUACCCCAGAGGGUUAUCCCACCCAAUUCCCAGACCAGAAUGCGGCCUUUCGCAACUUCCAGUUCGCCAACAGGGGGGCGUUGACGCCCAAUGCGGAUUUCCGUUCGAGUCCAUACUAUUCCACUGCAGGGACGCCUCCCGCGUUCGAUCAUCUUUAUCCAUCGCGGAAUGAUCAGAACGCUCGUGCGCAGCCGAACGGCCAUUCGGCCCUCUUAGACCGCAAGCUGAGAAACGUUCAGCAAGAGCAACAAGCUUUCAUUCAUCCUGGUUACCAACAAAUGCUCGCGGCGCAGUUUCGCGACUUCAGUUCGUAUCCCUAUGGCAUGCAUCUUGGCACUAUGGCGCCUGGAUUCCCUAUGCAUAUGCCUGCCGGCAUGGUGCCCACUCUCGAAGUCCCCAAGGGUCCCAGGGACCAAGACAGCGGUCAAGGUCUGAGGAGCGCAAUGCUCGAUGAGUUCAAACACAACGGCAGAAGCAAACGGUAUGAGCUGAAGGACAUUUACGAUCACAUCUGUGAGUUUAGCGGUGACCAGCAUGGCUCCCGGUUCAUUCAACAGAAGCUCGAGACUGCCAACAGUGACGAGAAGGAGAGAGUGUUCAAGGAGAUCCAGCCGAAUGCGAUGCAGCUCAUGACGGACGUCUUCGGCAACUAUGUCAUCCAAAAGUUUUUCGAGCAUGGCGACCAGAAUCAGAAGAAGAUUCUAGCAAACCGCAUGAAGGGUCAAGUUUUGAGCCUUUCGCUGCAGAUGUACGGAUGCAGAGUGGUACAAAAGGCACUUGAACAUGUUCUGGUCGAUCAACAGGCAUCCAUGGUCAAGGAACUCGAGAAGAACGUCCUUCGCUGCGUCAAAGACCAGAACGGCAAUCACGUCAUUCAAAAGGCCAUAGAACGUGUGCCAGCAGAGCACAUUCAAUUCAUCAUCGAUGACUUUACCGGCCAUGUAUCGUCACUUUCCGUCCACGGUUACGGCUGUCGUGUCAUUCAGCGCAUGCUCGAGCAUUGCGAAGACGAUGCACGCCGCGCCAUCCUCACAGAGCUGCACGCGUGCGCCUCCACCCUUGUCUCAGACCAGUACGGCAACUACGUCACGCAGCACAUCAUCGAGCAUGGCGAUGAAGAUGAUCGCACCAAGAUCAUCGACUAUGUCACGAGCCAGGUACUCAAUUUUGCCAAGCACAAGUUCGCCAGCAACGUAGUCGAGAAAUGCUUGGUAUUCGGCACGGACCAGCAGAGGCACGACAUUAUGAUGAUCAUUUGCCGAAGACCUGAACGGGGUGAGAGCGCCUUGAUGUCGCUGAUAAAGGAUGGAUACGGCAACUACGUCGUCCAAAAAUUACUGGACACGCUCAACUCGCAAGAUUAUGCCAUAUUCAUGGGGUCCCUGUGCCCAGAAAUGGCCAGUGCGAAGCGCGUCCUCACUGGGAACAAGCAGAUCCAAGCACUCGAGAAGAAGAUGCACCGAUUCGGCAAGCACGACAGCAUGGUGCCGGAUGUUGCGCAGCGCAACAGCCUUAGCCCGACAUCACGCUCGGCCGAGGUCUCGCUAUCGGGCGCCGAGUAG